AAUGCUUGCAGCAGCUUUAGGUUUCCGCGGGCUCCGGCGGCGCGCGGGCCCGUGGGCGCGCGUUCGAUCGGACGCGCCGGGCUGCAGUCUGGUGCCGGGAGCCGCGGGUCUCGGUGAUUCUCCGAGCUGCCUGGGCUGGGUGCUUUUACUGGCAGCCGGAUCGCUUUGCAAGGCAGCGAAAAGAACAAAGGACUCCCGGGCUGCAUUCGCUGAUCCGCCGGCUUCCUCUUCCGUUCCGCUCCGGCCAGGGAGAGCUGACUGUGUAAUCCUCACCGGGUGGAGCCAUUUGCUUUCCUGCUCUCAUCCGCGGCCUUGCACGGCAGCGACAUCUAGAGGUUGAAACUUGGUACUGCAGCUAAGAAUCAAGUAAAUGAAAACAAAUGACCAAGAAGCUAGUGUUGUUAAUAAUGAAUGCUGUUUCCUCAGUCAUUUAGAGACAGGACUUGGGAUUCAGUAAACGAUAAGCCGAGAUGGACGCCUAGCUGCUAUUCUACUUUGCUGCUGUCCUACUUGGAACUCUUUGCAAUUAAAGAUAACAGUCCAUAGUACGUUGGCCUUUGUAACUGUUGCAGUAGCUGGCACUUUUUAAUGCCACAAGUGUUUGUUAGGGAAAGUGAGUCGCAAAGAAGUAAAGAUGAGUAAAAGCAAGGAUGAUGCUCCCCAUGAACUGGAGAGCCAGUUUAUUUUACGCUUACCUCCUGAGUACGCUGCUAACGUGAGGAGAGCAGUACAGUCUGGCCAUGUCAACUUGAAGGACAGAUUGAGCAUUGAGUUACACCCUGAUGGGCGUCAUGGAAUUGUGAGAGUGGACCGGGUCCCUCUGGCAGCAAAACUGGUAGAUCUGCCCUGUGUUAUGGAAAGUUUGAAGACCAUUGACAAAAAAACCUUUUACAAGACAGCUGAUAUCUGUCAGAUGCUCGUAUGCUCGGUCGAUGGUGAUCUCUAUCCUCCUGUGGAGGAACCAGUUGCUACUGCUGAUCCCAAAGCAAGCAAGAAAAAAGAUAAAGACAAAGAGAAGAAGUUUGUCUGGAACCAUGGAAUUACUCUGCCUCUAAAAAAUGUUAGAAAGAGAAGGUUCCGGAAGACAGCAAAAAAGAAGUAUAUUGAAUCCCCAGAUGUGGAAAAAGAAGUCAAGCGAUUGCUUAGUACAGAUGCGGAAGCUGUCAGUACUCGGUGGGAGAUCAUUGCUGAAGAUGAAACAAAAGAGACAGAAAAUCAAGGCCUUGAUAUCUCCUCUCCAGGUAUGUCUGGCCACAGGCAGGGUCAUGACUCAUUAGAACAUGAUGAGCUUCGAGAGAUAUUUAAUGACCUCAGCAGCAGCAGUGAAGAUGAAGAUGAGACACAGCAUCAAGAUGAAGAAGAUGUAAACAUCAUCGACACAGAGGAAGAUCUAGAGAGACAGCUACAGGAUAAGCUAAAUGAGUCAGAUGAACAGCACCCAGAAAAUGAAGGAACCAAUCAACUGGUUAUUGGGAUUCAGAAACAGAUUGACAACAUGAAAGGCAAGCUCCAAGAGACCCAAGACAGGGCAAAACGACAGGAGGAUCUCAUCAUGAAAGUGGAAAACCUGGCUCUGAAAAACAGGUUUCAGGCUGUGCUAGAUGAACUCAAACAGAAGGAAGACAGAGAGAAGGAGCAGCUCAGCUCUUUGCAAGAAGAGCUAGAAUCACUUCUAGAGAAGUGAUCAUUUCAGUCCUCAGACUGAUUAGCAUAAAAAAAGAACUUUCCUCACUUGGACUGGGUAUUAAGAUGUUGCAAUAAUUCCUAUUUCCUUUAAUGCUAAAAGUCUUGUUGAAUGAUCACAGUCAAUUUUCAGAACCACAUUAUGGGGUUGUAUACAUUGUUUAGGAUUGUAGGAUUGCAUAGGCAGAAUAAUGCUUGUUUUAAGUAGGCUUGCAUCAUGUGAUAUUAGUGAAAUAAAAGUGAUAAGAUUAGUGGAAUGAAUAAUUGUAGGACUGGGGAAAGUUGUAAGAUUAGUGAAAUAAGCAGCUCAGCCGUAAUCAGAGCUUCCCUGAAAGACUUUGCUGUUUUCCUGUGUUCCUGAAGUUGCUCUUGCUACUCUAUGUUGCCAUGUAAGAUCAGUAUAAAAAAACUAGUCUGGAGACAAUAGAGCUAGUUUUAAAUUAUCUUUUGUCAUAUUAUUGCUAUUUGCUACUUAAAGCUGAUUCUCAUAUAUAGAGAUGUGAAUAAUAUUUUUAUAACAUUAAAAGCAAAUAUUUUCACUUUGUAAUAUAUCUUGUUCUUUUAUGGGUAGUAGGAGUUGAGGUGGAUUCUUGGCACUUUAAUUAUUGAAAAUGUGGUUU